AUGGACCUUGAUGUGCUAAACAUGUUUGUUAUAGCAGGAGGCACUCUGGCUAUCCCCAUUCUGGCAUUUGUAGCAUCCUUUCUCCUGUGGCCUUCUGCAUUGAUCAAAAUCUAUUAUUGGUACUGGCGUCGAGCACUGGGCAUGCAGGUUAGAUAUGCUAACUAUGAUGAUUACCGGUUCUGUUUUUCUUAUCGAGGGAGACCUGGAUUCAGACCAUCCAUACUGAUGUUACAUGGAUUUUCAGCCCACAAAGAUAUGUGGUUGUCUGUGGCCAAGUUCCUUCCGAAGAACCUGCACUUGGUCUGUGUUGACAUGCCUGGUCAUGAGGGAACUACCCGAUCAUCAUUAGAUGACUACUCCAUCAAUGGGCAAGUUAAAAGAAUACACCAGUUUGUUGAAUGUAUCAAGCUGAACAGAAAACCUUUUCACCUGAUCGGCACCUCAAUGGGUGGAAAUGUUGCAGGAGUUUAUGCUGCUCAAUACCCAGCGGAGAUUUGCAGCCUGUCUCUUGUAUGCCCUGCAGGUCUGCCAUAUCCAACUGAUAACAAAUUUCUUAAGCGUCUGCGGGAGCUGAAAGAGUCUGAACGUAUUGACAGGAUUCCUUUAAUUCCAUCAACGCCCGAGGAAAUGGCAGACAUGCUGAAGCUUUGUUCUUAUGUGCGCUUUAAAGUACCUCAGCAGAUCCUGCAGGGCCUUGUUGAUGUUCGCAUCCCGCAUAACGAAUUUUACCGGAAAUUAUUUUUAGAAAUUACAGAUGAAAAGUCCAGACACGCUCUUCAUGAAAACAUGAGCAAGAUCAAAGCCCCAACGCAGAUCAUCUGGGGAAAACAAGAUCAGGUUCUGGAUGUUUCUGGAGCAGAUGUUCUAGCAAAAUCUAUUUGUGACUGUCAGGUACAUAUUUUGGAAAACUGUGGACACUCUGUGGUAGUGGAGCGGCCCAGGAAAACGGCAAAGCUCAUAUUGGAAUUUUUCGCAUUGGUGCACAACACAGAGAACAAUAAGAAACUAGCUUGA